UUGCUGAGCCCCUGGUUGGUCAGGGUUCCACUCAUCAGUCCCAAAGACAUCUCCCUCCAAAUCAUUCGGGUUCAGAGAGUCAUGAGUGCAGACUGGAUCUGAGUUCAUGCAGUCGCGCUGAUGUGAAACAGAGAGGUCCCAGGAGGAAAGUGAAGUGUUAAAAAUGGGUCUUCAUCUUCUCCUUUUUCUGCUUAUUUGCCAAGGAAACCAACUUGUUCAAGGUAGUUGUGGCAGUAAUGAGUUUCAGUGCACCAACGGACAAUGCAUCAACAUCGACUGGAGAUGUGACGGAACCAAAGACUGCACAGAUGAUUCCGAUGAGCUAAACUGUCCACUGCCGGAAUGCACGUCGCAGGAAUUUAAGUGUGUGACGAGUGGCGAAUGCAUCCCUUUAGGAUUUGUCUGUGACGGGGAGGAAGACUGCACUGAUGGAUCAGACGAGCAAAGAGCUUGUGGUGGACAGACCUGCAGCGCUGACCAGUUCACCUGUCAGGAGGGUCAGUGCAUCCCCAAGACCUACAGAUGUGACCACGUCAAGGACUGUGUGGACAACUCUGAUGAGAACAACUGCAACUACCCAGAAUGCACUGAGCAGACGUGUGCGAACGGGGCCUGUUACAAAAACUCUCAGCGAUGUAACGGACUUCAGGACUGCAGAGACGGUUCUGAUGAGUUCAACUGCACAAGUCAGCACUGUCCUCUCCAUCAGUUCGAGUGUGCGAACGGCUUCUGUGUCCCUCUGCCGUUUGUGUGUGAUCACUGGGAUGACUGUGGGGAUAACAGUGACGAGCAGGACUGUGUGUACUCUACCUGCCGCGGCAGCGACUUCACUUGCUCCAGCGGCCGAUGCAUUCCUCAGGAUUGGGUGUGUGAUAAGUUCAAUGACUGCGGGGAUUUCAGCGAUGAGAGGGGAUGUGAUAGCGACUCUCGAGAUUGUUACCCUGGCGAGUGGGGAUGCCCGGGCUCCACCUUGUGCAUACCCUUAAAUAAAGUGUGCGAUGGUAAACUGGAUUGUCCUGGAGGCACUGAUGAGACCAACUCCACAGCGGGGCAAACCUGCAGUUUGGAUCGUUGCUCCACCUUGAGCUGUGAGUUCCUUUGUCACCCUUCACCACAGGGAGGCACGUGCUACUGUCCCGAUGGUUUUAUAGUGGCAAAUGACAGCCGCUCCUGCACAGACUACAAUGACUGUCAGAUUUGGGGAAUCUGUGACCAGCUGUGUGAGAAUCGUGUUGGAACACACCACUGCAGCUGCACGGACGGAUUUGUCUUGGAGCAAGGUCAUGUCUGUAAAGCCAACGUGUCAGCUGGAUUGCCAAAGCUCAUUUUCACUAAUGGUGGGGAUGUGAUGAUAGCCGAUAUACACGGGCGGUUUGCAAGUACUCUGGUGCCAGCACAAGGCAGAGGCUAUGCUGUCGGGGUGGCCGUCAACUGGCGCAGCAGCUUAGUCUUCUGGAGCGAUACAUACACCAAAAAGGUUUAUUCCGCCAAUUUCGACGGGAGCAACAUUAAAGAGGUCCUGAACGUUGCAGUUCACGAUGUCCAGAAUCUGGCAGUCGACUGGGUCAGCCUGAAACUCUAUGUCUUGGAGGUUUUGGUGGAACGCAUUGAUGCGUGCGACUUUAAUGGAGGGAAUCGAGUGACGCUUGUGGCAGAAAAUCUGCAGCGUCCUCAUGGCCUGGCGUUGGAUCCAACAGUUGGAUAUAUGUUCUUCACAGACAUGGGGAGCGGGGACAAGGAGUCCAAGCUUGAGCGUGCUUUCAUGGAUGGCAGCAAUCGUGUGGAACUGGUCAAAAGCAGACUUGGCACACCAACAGGGAUUACUCUUGAUAUAAUCACCAAGAGAGUCUACUGGUCUGACAGCCACUUCGACACAGUGGAGACCGUCACUUACCAUGGUUUAGACAGGAAAAUAGUCCUCAAUGGAGCAACCCAAUCUCCACAUCCAUUUGGGAUAGCUGUGUUUGAGAAUCACGUUUUCUUCACUGACUGGACCAAGAUGGGUGUGAUCAGAUCCAAUCGCUUCAAUGGCAGCAACCCAACCCUUCUCUAUCGUACCACAAAGGUGCCGGGCCAUGUUGCGGUCGCACACCCUGUCCUGCAGCCUUUUGCCAUGAACCCCUGUGGCAGAAACAAUGGUGGCUGUCAGCACAUUUGUGUAUUAAGUCAUCGCACAGACAAUGAUGGUUUGGGUUUUCGCUGCAAAUGUCGCUAUGGCUACGACUUACAGACUGAUCGACGGACAUGUUUUAAGGUGAAGGACUACUUGUUGUUGGCCACCUCUCUGGCGGUGCGGGGAAUCCCUCUGAACUUAUCCCUUCAGGAAGACAUAACACUGCCCCUCACAGGACUAGGAACAUCUCUUUCUGGCUCUGCGGUGGAGUAUGAUGGGAAUGAGGGUGCCAUCUUUUACAAUGACAGGUCAAGAGGCUUAGUCUAUAAGUCUAACCUAAAUGGGACAGUUCAACAGAUUUUGACAGGCUACAGAGUGGGGAUAAUUGAUGCUAUGGCUUAUGACUGGACCUCCAAGGUUUUGUUUUGGACCACAACCACCUACAGAGCAGUGGUGGCCCUCAGAGUUACAGACAAAUCCAGACGAGACAUUGUAACUGGACUCAGAAAUCCAAAGGGAAUUGCAGUUCAUCCUAGUGCAGGGUUUUUGUUCUGGUCGGAUUGGUACCGUCCUGCAGUCAUAAUGAGAGCCUUCACAGAUGGGAGCAACGCCAUUCCUCUGGUCAACACAACUCUGGGAUGGCCUUAUGGACUGGCUCUUGACUAUGUGAUGGAUAGGCUGUACUGGGUGGAUUCUCUUCUGGCUCAGAUUGGUUCCAUUAGCAUCGUGGGAAUUGGCAGAGAAACAUUUACAAAAAUCGGCCAGAUCACUCAGCCCUACUCACUGACAGUUUAUUCAGACUACUUAUAUGUGUCUGACACAAGGACAAGAGCAGUAUUUGAGAUGAGAAAGAGAGACGCAGGAGAAAGCUUUAUGAUCAGACAAGGAGUCACUGGCAUCAUGAACAUAAAGGCCUACUCAACUGACCUCCACAGCACCUUCACCAGCCGGUGUAACAUGGUGCCCAACGGUCUCUGCAGUCACUUCUGCUUCCCAACACCUUCCUUUACCCGUGUUUGUGGAUGUCCGUACGGAAUGAAGCUUCAAGACAAUCAGAGAGACUGCAUCAAGGAUGAUUCUGUACCUCCACCUGACAACAACUGCGGCGACUUCUCCUUUGAAUGUGAUGAAGGGCGCUGCAGGCCCAACUCUUACCGCUGUGACGGGAUUUUUGAUUGCGUGGAUAAAACCGACGAAGCUAACUGCACUGACACAGGCACAAGCUGCUCUCCACUUGCCUUUACUUGCAACAACAAGCGCUGCAUAUACUCCAGCUGGCGCUGUGAUGGCAUGGAUGACUGCGGAGAUGGCUCUGAUGAAACCAACUGUCCCACUCAUAUUCCAUUCACAUGUUCAUCUGAAUACUUUACCUGUGACAACAACAGGUGUAUCUCUAAAGCAUGGUUGUGUGAUGGGGACAAUGACUGCGGCGAUGGCUCAGAUGAACGCAACUGCAAUUCCAGUAUUACCACCUGCCGCCCAGGAUAUUUCUUAUGUCCUGACCAUCGCUGUAUCAGCAGCUAUUAUGUAUGCGAUGGAGAUCAAGACUGCUUGGAUGGCUCAGAUGAAAAAAAUUGUGAGUUUUCCUGCCCAUCUUAUCAGUUUGCUUGUGCCAGUGGAGACCAGUGUGUCAGUUCGAGCUAUCGUUGCGAUGGAGUAUUUGACUGCAGAGAUCAUUCAGAUGAACGAAACUGUCCCACUAGAGGUCCAGGGCUUUGCCAUGAUGAUGAGUUCCAGUGUCAGACGGAUGGUUUCUGCAUACCAGCUGAUUGGGAAUGUGACGGUCACCCAGAUUGUGAGGACGGGUCUGAUGAGCACAACACUUGUCCGGCUGUGACUUGUUUAUCCAGCUAUUUCCAGUGUGCCAACAAGAUGUGCAUUCCAAUGAGCUGGUUGUGUGAUGGAGAGAAUGACUGCAGGGACAUGAGUGAUGAGCAGAACUGCCCAACUCCUCCUUUUACCUGCCCCUCUGGGCAAUGGCUAUGCCCUACAAAUGAAGUUUGCAUUGACUUGGACAAGGUGUGCAAUGGACAGAGAGACUGUCCCAAUGGUGCAGAUGAGUCUCCAAUCUGCAAUCAAGAAGACUGUGCACUAAACAAUGGAGGCUGCAGCGAUGGUUGCAUCCAGGGUCCAUUUGGGGCUGAGUGCACAUGUCCACCGGGAUUCCAACUCCUCAAUGACUCCAAGACUUGUGAUGACAUCAAUGAAUGCCUGAUUCCUGGUUUCUGUAGCCAACACUGCUUCAACGAGAGAGGCACCUUCAGGUGCCAUUGUUCAGAAGGCUACCUCUUGGAGCCUGAUGGGCGCACCUGUAAAGCCAUAGACCGACAGGCAGCUGUUCUGUUGGUUGCAAAGCGUAGCCAGAUCAUUGCAAACAAGCUCUACCUGGAUCCACCAGAGAGUCGACCAGUGGUCACAGGUUCUGGCAUUGUGACUGUGGACUUCGACCGUGUCACUUCCAAAAUAUACUGGGCUGAUGCCUCUCAGAAAAAGAUAUGGAGUGUCUUCCAGAACGGCACAGAAAAAAUGGAAGUGUUCUCUGGUCUGAUGGUGCCCGAGAGUAUUGCUGUGGACUGGGUGGGACGAAACCUUUACUGGACUGACUCUGACUUGGAGUGCAUUGAAGUGGCCACUCUGGACGGCCGCUUUCGAAAGGUUCUUCUAAACACCAAUGUUACCAGCCCACGUGGACUUGUUCUAGACCCUCGUAACCAUACAAAUCUGAUGUUCUGGUCCGACUGGGGUCAGAACCCAAGGAUUGAAACAGCUAGCAUGGAUGGAGCCAUGAGGAGAGUCAUUGUCAGCACUAAACUCUACUGGCCCAAUGGCUUGGCCCUGGACUACACAACCCGCAGAGUUUACUUUGCUGAUGCUUACCUUAAAUACAUCGACUACUGCGACUACGAUGGUAGCAAUCGUCAUCAGGUCAUGGCAAGUGAUAUGGUUCUGCAGCACCCUCAUGGUAUGACUAUAUUUGAGGACAGCAUCUUCUGGUCAGAGCGCUACACCAGCAAAGUGAUGAGUACAAACAAGUUUCAUGGAGGGAACAUCACCGUUUUGAUGAGCAGUGUCUACCAGCCCAUGGGCAUUGUCAUGGAUCAUCCCAUCAAACAGCCAACAGCCAUCAACCCAUGCAGUGAGCACCUGUGCUCUCACUUGUGUUUGCUGUCAACCCUGAGACCCAGGUACUACACCUGCCACUGUCCCUCUGGUUGGAAGCUGAAUGAUGACAAACGUACCUGUGUCAAAGAUGACACUCCUUUCUUGAUGGUGGCUAGUGAUACUGUGAUUCUUGGGAUUCCUUUGGACCCGGCCGACUCAUCCAACAAUGCCAUGGCUCCCAUCUUUGGCAUCGGCCAGGGGCGAGAUCUUGACUUUGAUGAUCGGGAGGAUUUUGUCUAUUGGGUACAAAGCACUAGAUCGAUUUGGCAAGUAAAAACUGAUGGGACUAACAGAUCUGAGUUUGCUCCAGCCGCUAUCAUGGGUUCGCCUUCUGGUUUGGCUUUUGAUUGGAUAAGCCGGUUAAUGUUUUACACCAAUCCAACUAGUAAAACCAUUGAAGUUAUUCGUGUGGACGGAGAUCAGAAAUACAGAAAGACCCUCAUUGCAUCAACUGGCAAACCAGAAGGACCUGGAGAACCAAAUGGAAUUGCUCUGGAUCCUGCACGGGGAAAGUUGUUUUGGACAGACAAAGGAUCAGAUACUGGAGUUCCUCCAAAGGUUGCCAGUGCUGACAUGGACGGAAGCAACCUCAGAAACCUUUACACGGGCAACUUGGAAAAUAUUGGGUUUAUUGCUGCUGACAUCUCAGCCAGGAAGCUGUAUUGGGGUGUGGCAGGCUCAGGAAAGAUUGAGAGUGGCACCAUGGAUGGAGUAACACGGGUGACGGUGGUCAGUGGUUUGUCUCAUCCUUGGGGCCUGACAAUUUACCAGAACCACCUUUACUACACUGACGUGGACUACGAAGUCAUUGAGAGGGUGGACAAGGAGAACGGUGCCAACAUGGUAGUGUUGAGGAGCGGCAUGUCUGGACUGCAUGCUCUCAAAGUCCAUGCAAGGGACGACUCUGCAGGAACAUCGAACGCCUGCAGCUCCAACAACGGGGGCUGCCCACACCUGUGUCUACCAAAGCCAGACAAUAAGAAGACUUGCGCCUGCACCACAGGAUUCAUCCCUUCCAAUGAUGGCACCCGCUGUGAACAGUAUGAAUCUUUUGCCAUCAUUGCCAGCUCAGAGUAUAUUCGUGGCUUCCACAUCAACAGCUCUGACCACUCUGAGGCAAUGGUGCCUAUUAAAGGGACUUCAUAUGCCCAUAUAGAAAAGGUGGACCUGCAUAUUGAAUCUGGUUUUGUUUACUGGACUACCAAUGGAUCUUCAUCCUAUUACAAGAGUAUUUACCGUGCUAAAACAGAUGGAGCAGGUAAUACCGAAAUCAUUGAUUCUGGCAUUGGCAUCAGAGGCAUCCAAGGACUGGCUGUAGACUGGAUUGCAGGGAACUUGUACUUUACCAAUUCCUUUGAAAGCGAGACUCUUCUUGAGGUUCUUGCAAUCAACACCACUUUCCGAAAGAUUCUCCUCAAGAGCUCCGAAGACCAGCCCAGGGAUGUGGCUGUCAGCCCCAAAAAUCGCUUCCUCUUUUGGACUGAUGGUGGCCAAACGCCCAAGAUUGAGCGGGCCUUUUUGGACGGCACAAACCGUACAGUGUUGGCAUCUGAAAGCUUAGCAUCACCCCGUGGCCUAACAGUUGAUUACACUGCGAACUUCCUCUACUGGACUGACGAUGUUCUUGAUAUGAUCUCCCGCAUGGCCAUAGAUGGAACACAAAGGACAAUUAUCAGAUAUGGGAGUCGCUACCCAUCUCCAACAGGGAUGUCGAUUUUUGGGAACAACAUGUUGUGGGUUGACAAAAAUCUUAAAAAACUCUUUCAAGCCAGUAAAAGCCCAGACAAUACAGACAAUCCAGAGGUCAUCAGAGACGGUCUGGAUGAGCUGAAAGAUGUCAUCAUCUUUGACCCUCAUGUUCAGCCUACAUCUGCCAACCUGGUGGGCUUCAACCCUUGCCAAGACAACAAUGGCCGCUGCCAGCAGUUCUGCUUUGCCAUUCCGGAUCAGGCCAAACCCAAGUGUGAUUGUGCUCAUGGGUCACUCCUCAGCAAUGGAGUUUCAUGUGGUUACGGGCUAGACGAGUUUUUAAUUUUCAGCACCGACUACACACUAAACAGCAUGAGGCUUGACCCAGAGGACCACAGCACUCCCUUUCCAUCAGUUAACUUGGGCUACAGAGUUAUUGGGCUGGACUAUGACAUAAAAGGAAAGCGAAUUUUUUUCACCCAGUAUGUGGGGACUGGAAGAAGUAAAAUUGGUUAUGUCUAUGCAACAUCUGUCACCAACCCUCCUGUAUUUAUUGCCUCAGAUCUGUCUUAUCCAGAGGGGCUGGCCUUUGACUGGGUCCAUAAUCGUCUUUACUUUACCGACUACACUGAACGGAAUAUCCAAUCAAUAGGGAUAGACGGAUCUAACCGCUCUGUCAUUGCCCAUGGCAAAAGCCCUAGAGGCAUCAUUGUUGACCCAUGCUACGGUUAUUUGUACUGGACUGAUUGGGGCUAUCCAGCUAAGAUUGAGAGGGCCACACUGGGAGGAAACUUCCGAACUCCCAUCAUCAACAGUAGUCUAACAACACCCAACGGUCUGACAAUUGACUAUGACGAAAGAAUGCUCUACUGGACUGAUGCAACACUAGACAAAAUUGAACGCGCCACACUCACUGGCGAGAACCGGCAAGUGAUCAUACAGGGAGUCAUCUACCCUUUUGCCUUGGCCGUCUUCCAGCAGGACAUCUUCUGGACUGACUGGACUGAAAGAGCUGUUUUCAGGGCUGGAAAAGAAGAUGGGUCUAGCUUUGCAACGUUAGCCCAGGACUUGCAGUAUCGACCAAAUGACAUUCAUGUUUAUGCUGCAUCCAAGCAAGAGAAUUGCUCCAGCUUCUGCCAACAGUUCAAUGGAGGUUGCAGUCAUAUCUGUGUAUCUGGUCCAGUGGGCCCAGAAUGUCAGUGUCCUCAUGAGGGGGAUUGGUACUUGGCUAAUAAUGGCAAAGACUGCAUCGUAGACACAGGAAAACGGUGCAAGCCCGAGCAGUUCACCUGCAUGAAUGGAAACUGUAUCUCAUUACGGUGGAAGUGUGACGGCCACAAUGACUGUCAGGAUAAUUCAGAUGAACUCGAGCGAGUGUGUGCUUUCCAUACUUGCUCAGCCUUUGACUUCACCUGCGACAAUGGGCGCUGCAUCCCAUUAAGCUACAUCUGUGACUACACAAACGACUGUGGCGACAACAGCGAUGAGCUGAGCUGCCCUUUUCCCACAUGUAACCCUGAAACUGAGUUCACUUGCGCCAAUGGGCGUUGCAUCAGUGCGUCCUUUGUGUGCGACGGUCACAACGAUUGUCGAGACAACACCACCUCUGAUGAAAUUAACUGCCCUGACCGCAUAUGCCCUACUGGCCAAGUCAAGUGCGAGAACACAAACAUCUGCAUCUACCCUGAAACUAUGUGUGAUGGUUAUAACAACUGUGGGGACAACAGCGAUGAAAAUCCCCUGUUCUGCGCUGGUCGGACGUGCGCCCCAGAUAAGUUCCAGUGUGAUGUAGGGAAAUGCAUCCCUCAAGCUUGGAUUUGUGACUCCAUCAAAGACUGUGCUGAUGGGACAGAUGAACCUCUUUCCUGUGAGGAUCAAAUCAAAACAUGUGCGUCAAAUCAGUUUACUUGUACCAACGGAAACUGCAUCCCAAUGGCAUUGGUUUGUGAUGGCAACAAUGACUGCUGGGACACUAGUGAUGAGGCACCAGAGCUGCAGUGUGGUCAACGUACUUGCAGUCCUAACCAGUUCACCUGUCCAACCUGGUACCCCGGCCACCCACGCUGUAUUCCCCUAAACUUUGUGUGUGAUGGGGAUAAAGACUGCGCAAACGCAGCCGACGAGCUCCAGAACUGUCCAAACCGGACUUGCCACAUGAAUGAGUUUGCCUGUUCCAACGGGCUUUGCAUCCUGCUGCCUUACCAAUGUGACCGUGUGAACGACUGUGGAGAUGGCAGCGAUGAAUUGGGCUGCACCUACGACACAUGCAGAAGCAACCAGUUCACCUGUGGUAACGGGGCUUGCAUAUCUACCUACUACAUCUGUGAUGGGGACAAUGACUGUUUGGAUGGUUCAGAUGAGGCGGAGAGCUUGUGCACUACACCUCAACCUACCUGCUCUCCGCAGCAGUACUUGUGCAAGUCAGGAGAGUGCAUUGACAUAAACAAGGUCUGCAAUGGGCAGAAGGACUGCCAGGACAGCAGCGAUGAAAAAGGCUGUGGAAUCAAUGAGUGUCUCAACCCAUCCGUUCACAUGUGUGCUCAACUUUGCACCGAUACCCUCACCGGCUAUUUUUGCUCCUGCAACCCAGGCUAUCAACUCAUGCCAGACGGCAAAGCCUGCGAGGAUGUGGAUGAGUGUGCCAACACACCUGGAGUCUGCAGUCAGAUCUGUGAGAACGCUGCUGGCUCAUACUAUUGUAAAUGCGCUCCAGGCUACAUCCGCGAACCCGACGGACGCACCUGCCGUCAGAACAGCGGCAUCGCCCCGUAUCUGUUGUACAGCAACCGCUACUACAUCCGCAAUUUGACCAUUGACGGGUCACAGUUGAGCAUUGUCCUGCAGGGGCUUAGCAAUGUGGUGGCUCUAGAUUAUGACCAUUCUGAGAAGAGGCUGUACUGGCUGGAUUCUGGGACAGCGAAGAUUGAGAGGAUGCGUUUUGAUGGCAGUGACAGGGAGCUGGUGGUGGAAAAUGUUGUAGGAGCUCAGGGUCUGGCAGUGGACUGGGUUGGAAGAAAGGCAUACUGGGCGGAUGGUUUUUACGGCUCUAUUCAUGUGGUGGAGUUGGAUGGACGCUACAAGAAAAAGCUCUUGUCGGGACAUUUCAAAAAUGGAAACGACACUUUCAUUAUCAGUCGACCUCGUGCUCUAGCUCUCAACCCCAAAUAUGGAUGGUUGUAUUGGACUGACUGGGGCGCUGACGCUUACAUUGGCAGAGCUGGCAUGGAUGGAAGCAAUAUCAGUGCCAUCAUCACAACCAAGCUGGAGUGGCCCAACGCUCUGACCAUUGACUACACAACCAACAAGAUCUUUUUUGCUGAUGCACAUCUGAACUUUUUAGACUUUGCAGAUAUGGAUGGUCAGAACCGGCACCGGGCCAUCGCUGGCGCACUUCCCCACGUUUUUGCCGUGUCCCUGUUUGAAGACUGGGUCUACUGGACGGACUGGAACACACAUACAGUAGAAAAAGCCCACAAGUACACUGGAGAGCAGCGCACCAUCAUGGGCAACAACACACAUCGACCCUAUGACAUUCACGUCUACCAUCCAUACAGACAACCCAAAAGUGAAAACCCCUGCUCGUCCCAUUACCUGACCUGCAGUCACCUGUGUUUGAUCGCGGCUGGUGGUCAGCGAGCUACCUGCGAGUGUCCAGAUAAUUUUAUCGGAUUGGCUGUGGGAUUCAAGAUCCAGUGUGUCGCUGACUGCUCCAGCACCCAGUUCCGCUGUGGAGACAAUGAGAGGUGUGUUCCCAUAUGGUGGAAGUGUGAUGGCCACUCCGACUGUGGGGAUGGCUCCGAUGAACCUCAGACCUGCCCACCUCGCUUAUGCCCUGUGGGUCAGUUCCAGUGCCAAGAUGGGAACUGCACCUACCCCGGUUUUAUUUGUGACGGCAACGCAAACUGCCCCGACGGCUCAGACGAGGAUGCUGCUCUCUGCAGUGAUCACCGAUGUGACUCCAACCAGUUCCAGUGUAAAAACAAAAAGUGUAUCCCUGUUUCCUGGCACUGUGAUGGAGUGAAUGACUGUGCUGACGGCAGCGAUGAAGAUCCAGAGACCUGUGCCCAGAAGACGUGCAGCCCGGGACAGUUUCAGUGCGCGAAUGGCCGCUGUAUACUUUCAAGCUACGUGUGUGAUGCCCAGGAUGACUGUGGAGAUGGAUCUGAUGAACCAUAUGAAACCUGUAUGGGUCCAGACUACAAAUGUGAUGAGGACACAGAGUUCUCCUGCAGGACGAACUACCGCUGCAUUCCUCAGUCGGCUCGCUGCGAUGGCGCCAACGACUGCCUUGACAACAGUGAUGAACAAGGCUGCGAGGAGCUGACCUGUGACCCCCUGGGAGAUUUCCGUUGCGACAACCACCGCUGCGUUCCCAUCCGAUGGAAGUGUGAUGGUGUCAAUGACUGUGGUGACGGUUCAGACGAGAGAAACUGCGAGCCAAGGCCAUGCUCUGAAAGUGAGUUUCGGUGUGACAACGAACAGUGUAUCCCUGGAAACUGGGUGUGUGACCAUGGCAACGAUUGUGGGGACAACUCAGAUGAGCGAGACUGCGAGCUCUAUACGUGUCGCCCAGGUUCAUUCCAGUGCGACUCAGGUCACUGUAUCCCUUCUGCGCUGCAAUGUGAUGGCCGGCCCGACUGUCGCGAUCUGUCGGACGAGACUAAAUGUCCUACCCGUUACCCAGGGGGCCGUUGGUGUGCCGACUACCAGUUCCAGUGCGCCAACCGGCUGUGUGUGAGCCAGGGAUGGGUUUGUGACGGCGUUGACGACUGUGGGGACGACUCUGAUGAACAACUCAGCCUAUGCUUGAACAUCACCUGUGAGAUGCCGACCAGGUUCCGCUGUGCUAACGGCUACUGUAUCUACGCUGGCCUGCUGUGUAAUUUGAUGGAUGACUGUGGAGACGGCAGCGACGAAAAAGAAGAUCUAUGCCGUGAGCCCACCCGUCCCCCCUGCACCCUGGAAGAGUUUAAAUGCACAAACGGAUAUUGUGUUCCCCUGCCGUACGUCUGUGACCACAAUGACAACUGUGGGGACCUGACAGACGAAAUGGGCUGCAAUUUCGGUCAUGAUCGAAACUGUGAUGAGAACGUUUGCCAGCAUGAAUGCACCAACUUGAACGGCACAGGUUUCAUUUGCUCCUGCAGACCUGGUUAUCAAGUGAACCCCGACAGCACCACCAACUGCCUGGAUAUCAAUGAAUGUGAACAGUACGGCAUCUGCCCUCAAGCCUGUAAAAACACCAAGGGCAGCUUUGACUGCGAAUGUGCUCCUGGUUACAGGAAAGUCGGCAACGGCUACAUGUGUGAAGCUGAGGGAGCUUCUCCCAUGCUGCUUCUCCCAGAAAACAUUCGCAUCCGGAGGUUCAACCUGCAGACGGAGGCUUACCACGACUUCCUGGAAGAGGAGGAGCACAUCAUGGCUCUGGACUAUGACUGGGACCACAACAACACUGGAUACAGUAUGGUUUAUUUCACUGUUGCUAGCAAAGACGCAGCGCCAGGUUCUAUUAAAAGAGCGUACAUGCCUGCAGUGGACGAUGGGAGUAACAAUAUUGUUGCUGCUGUUGACCUUGAUAUCAAAUACAUCACUUCACCUGAUGGAAUCGCCGUGGACUGGGUUGGAAGAAAUCUUUACUGGGCAGACUCCAAGCUGAAGAGAUUAGAAGUGGCGCUUUUAGAUGGACGCUACAGGAAGCAUCUAGUCAAGACGGAGUUAGGUCACCCGUCUGCAGUGGCAGUCAACCCUCGACUUGGGAUGCUGUAUUGGGCAGAUCGAGGAGACACGGCUAAGAUUGAGUGUUCGUGGCUGGAUGGUCAGGAGAGGAAAGUACUUGUGGCCGACGGGUUGGGCUGGCCCACUGGUCUGUCGAUCGACUUCACCAAUGAUGACAGAAUUUACUGGUCCGACUCCAAAGAAAACAGAAUAGAGUCCAUUCUGCCCUCCGGAGAGCAGCGUAGAACUGCUGUUUACUUAGACGUCAGAAACCCCUUAAGUGUUAGCGUCUUUGAGGACCACGUCUACUGGAGCACUCAGGAGAAAGGCGAGGUGUUUCGGCAGGACAAGUUUGGCCGUGGUACAAAAACCAAGCUGCUGACCACGGGGCCCUGGCUCUCUCAAGUGUCUGUGUACCAGCAACAGAGAUACAACACUGUUGUCAUGAAGAGUCCAUGUAAAGGAAUCUGCAGCCACCUGUGUUUACUGCGACCUGGAGGGUACACCUGUGCGUGCCCCGAGGGCACCAGCUUCAUCCCUGGUAGCAGCACCACAUGUGAUGCAGGGUUUGAGCCACCGCCCACCAUGCCACCACCAUGUUUGUGUCAAAAUGGCGGCACCUGCUACUUUGAUGACAACAAGGCUCUGUGCAAAUGUACUCCCGAAUGGCAGGGAGAGUUCUGUCAGACUAACGUGUUUAACGGUGUCGCCACCUCAGUUGGAAUUGCCAUCGGGGUGACCAUACUGGUUGUGGCUUUGCUGGUUGCUCUGGUCUAUGCUGCCAGGCAGAAGUCAACGCUUGUGGAGAGACUGCGGAGCAACUUACCCAGCAUGCCCAGCAUACCACAAAUGCCUAAGUUCUCAGGUUUCAGGAAUGGAUUCACUGGAAAUGGUUUGAACACAGGAGGAAGUGAAACAGUGGAGAACAAUGAGGCGGUUCCCUGUACAUCAGUGUGGACUGUUGACCCCGUGACAAAGAGCUUUGAGAACCCUGCAUACGAAGCGGGAGAACCGCAUGCCCCCAACGGCAUCAUGGGAAGCAGCUCAGCUCCUCCAGACACAAACCAGGAGAACAUCAACAAUCCUCUUUAUGGCGAAGAGGCUCCACCUGUGACCAAUUCCACUCUAAAUGAAGCAAAAUCCAGCCAGCCUUUUCAGGACACUUCAGAGAUCCAAGCACACAGUUUAGCCUUUCAAGAUACUACUCUACCUACAUCGCCAGCCUCACAGGAGUUAAAAGUUGUUGAAGGUGGAAAGUUAGGAUCUUUUCAAAACCCGCUGUACAAGGAAUCUGAAGAUGCUCCCACUUCUGAUUCAGACGUUUAAUUGGACCGGUACACACAACAUAAAUAAACCGAGACACUUUGCAGUACAGGAAAAUGCAGUAUUCUUUGAUGUGACCUAAAUCUUUGUAUGGAUUGUUUUGUAAAAAGAACAAAAUCUUAAAUAAUUGAGUUUAUGUAAUGUUCAGUGUGAAUUAAAUCAAUGUCAAUCAAAAUUUGUGAACUUUUAAUGAAAAGUUUGUAUGUUAUUGUAAAUUCUUCUUAAAGAAAACCUUUAUCUUG